GAUGCAGAAGUUCUUGAACGUAGAUCUCGCGAAAUUGGUUCUACAUGUCCAAGAUAGAUUCUCGUCCUCCUCCACCUAGCCCUGCCAGUCCUUCCUUUCUUGGUCUCAGCCGCGAACUUGCUACUUUCUUCCUUGAGUUCACAGCCCUCCUCCAGUUGCCGAGUUCAGGCCGGAACCGGAAGUGAAGUGGGCGGGCCCGGCGGCGGAAAACACAACGGGGCUGCGGCCGGGAGUCCGUUGUGGUCGCUACCGCAGUCCCUUCCAGGGAUCGCGGCGGCUGAAGGUCGGUCCGGAGGCGUGUGGGCGUGGGUCUCCCUCGGAGUGUCCGGGUGGCAGCCUCUCCAGGCCCCCCGGGCUCCGCGAGGGAUCAUGUCUACAGCCUCCGCCGCCUCCUCUUCCUCCUCAUCUUCGGCUGGUGAGAUGAUCGAAACCCCCACCCAGGUCCUUAACUUUGAAGAGAUCGACUACAAGGAGAUUGAGGUGGAAGAGGUUGUUGGAAGAGGAGCCUUUGGAGUGGUCUGCAAAGCUAAGUGGAGAGCAAAAGAUGUUGCUAUCAAACAAAUAGAAAGUGAAUCUGAAAGGAAAGCUUUUAUUGUAGAGCUUCGACAGUUAUCUCGCGUGAACCAUCCUAAUAUUGUAAAACUGUAUGGAGCCUGCUUGAAUCCAGUGUGUCUGGUGAUGGAGUAUGCUGAAGGGGGCUCUUUAUAUAAUGUGCUACAUGGUGCUGAACCAUUGCCAUAUUACACUGCUGCCCAUGCAAUGAGUUGGUGUUUACAGUGUUCCCAAGGAGUGGCUUAUCUUCACAGCAUGCAACCCAAAGCUCUGAUUCAUAGGGACCUGAAACCCCCAAACUUGCUACUUGUUGCAGGGGGGACAGUUUUAAAAAUCUGUGAUUUUGGUACUGCAUGUGACAUUCAGACACACAUGACCAAUAACAAGGGGAGUGCUGCUUGGAUGGCACCUGAAGUUUUUGAAGGUAGCAAUUACAGUGAAAAAUGUGAUGUCUUCAGCUGGGGUAUUAUCCUUUGGGAAGUGAUAACACGUCGGAAACCCUUUGAUGAGAUUGGUGGCCCAGCCUUCCGUAUUAUGUGGGCUGUUCACAACGGUACACGACCACCACUCAUCAAAAAUUUACCAAAGCCCAUUGAAAGCCUGAUGACUCGUUGUUGGUCUAAAGAUCCUUCUCAGCGCCCUUCAAUGGAGGAAAUUGUGAAAAUAAUGACUCACUUGAUGCGGUACUUUCCAGGAGCAGAUGAGCCAUUACAAUACCCAUGUCAGUAUUCAGAUGAAGGACAGAGCAAUUCUGCCACCAGUACAGGCUCAUUCAUGGACAUUGCUUCUACAAAUACCAGUAAUAAAAGUGACACUAAUAUGGAGCAAGUUCCUGCCACAAAUGACACUAUUAAACGCUUAGAAUCAAAAUUGUUGAAAAGUCAAGCAAAGCAGAAUGAAUCUGGACGUUUAAGUUUGGGAGCUUCCCGCGGGAGCAGCAUAGAGAGUUUGCCCCCCACUUCUGAGGGCAAGAGGAUGAGUGCUGAUAUGUCUGAAAUAGAAGCCAGAAUUACUGCAACCACAGCCAAUUCCAAGCCUAAACGGGGCCACCGUAAAACCGCUUCAUUUGGCAACAUUCUGGAUGUCCCUGAGAUCAUCGUAUCAGGCAAUGGACAGCCAAGACGUAGAUCCAUUCAAGACUUGACUGUUACUGGAACAGAACCUGGUCAGGUGAGCAGUAGGUCAUCCAGUCCUAGCAUCAGAAUGAUCACUACCUCCGGACCAACCUCAGAAAAGCCCCCUCGAAGUCAUCCAUGGACCCCUGAUGAUUCCACAGAUACCAAUGGAUCAGAUAAUUCCAUCCCAAUGGCUUAUCUUACACUGGAUCACCAAUUGCAGCCUCUAGCACCAUGCCCAAACUCCAAAGAAUCAAUGGCAGUGUUUGAACAGCAUUGUAAAAUGGCACAAGAAUAUAUGAAAGUUCAAACGGAAAUUGCAUUGUUAUUACAAAGAAAGCAAGAACUAGUUGCAGAACUGGACCAGGAUGAAAAGGACCAGCAAAACACAUCUCGUCUGGUACAGGAACAUAAAAAGCUUUUAGAUGAAAAUAAAAGUCUUUCUACUUACUACCAGCAAUGCAAAAAGCAGCUAGAGGUCAUAAGAAGUCAGCAGCAGAAACGACAAGGCACUUCAUGAUCUUCUGGGACUGAUAAAUUUUAAAAUAUGCAAAGAAAGACUUUUUUUUUUUUUUUUUAAGGACAAAAAAAUCUUACAAUGACAACAUGAGUGUUAGCUUUUUGGCGUAUUCUGAAUGCCAACUACCUAUAUACUAUAUUUGCUAUAUUUGUUUCAUCAUUUCCCCCCCUUUUCUCAUGAUGGACAUGCAGUUCAGCUGUCUCCCUGCAUUACACAGUGGCAUUUGUGACUUGAAUAACCAACACUUCUCAGCUUCAAAGCAGAUGCAAUGAAUCAUGGUUAUAUAUGCAUGCUCAUUGUGUGAAGGCUAGUCUGAAAAACACAGGGGUAUCAAACUAGCUGCUGUAUACAAACAUCACAUUUUGUUCAAGGUGGAACCUUAGGAAUGAUUUUGGGUUUUUUUAUCUCAAAAAACUAGCCUUUUUCUUUUAAACGAAGGUAUACACCAAGUAAAGACAGGGUAUUAUAAAUCUAGAAUAAUUGGUGGUACAUUGUAGAAAUGGAGAACAUGUAGAGAAAGUGCAGGCUUUGAUCAAAGCCAGCAUUCUUGGGUCAGCACUGAACUUGGUUUCAUCCAUAAAAUAUUUACAGGUGGGAAUCGGACUGUAGUGCAGUGGGUUAAGUGCAUGUGGCGUGAAGUGCCAAGGCCCGGUGUAAGGAUCCUGGUUCCAGCCCCCAGCUCCCCGUCUGCAGAGAGUCCCUUCACAGGUGGUGAAGCAGGUCUGCAGAUGCCUCUCUUUCUCUCCCACUCUCUGUCUUCCCCUCCUCUCUCCAUUUCUCUCUGUCCUAUCCAACAAUGACGACAUCAAUAACAACAAUAACUACAACAACAACAAGGGCAACAAAAGGGAAAAUAAAUAAAAAUUUUAAAAAAUAUUUACAGGUAAGUGAUGGCUGCUAUAUAGUUAAUACUUCAUUAGGUCAAAAUUUGACUAUGAUGCAUCAAAAAAGAACCCUUUUUAGAGAUAUAAAGAUUUUAAUUCUGUGAUUAUGUGUAUGUGUGUUGAAGCUCUAAACUCUUUAUGACUGUAAUAUCAUUAUUUUCUAAAUGAAAUUAAAAGGCAAGUGAGCAAGAUCUAACUUAACUGAUAAUUCCUGCAUUGAUUUGAUUGGAUUUGGUCUGUAUAUGAAAAACUGAAGAGAAAUAAUGGAAUAUGGGCAUGAUUUCCCCAGCUAAAAGAUGCAGACAUAAGAUUCUUUUUAUGAUACUGAAUUAUCAGUUUUACCUGGCAAAUCAAAAGCUAGUAAAGGAGUUAAAGAAGCAAAUAAAAGGCCAUCAAGUAUCCUUUUUGUCAAUAUUGGAAUAUUUGAUUUUUCCAUGGAAACCCAUCCUAGAUUGCCUGCCUGCUACCUUUCAACAUAUAUAAGGGAAUUUCAACACUUACAUGGAGAAAAUUUAUUUUGUUAGUAGUAAUUGCUAUCAAAAUUGAAAACAAAAGUAAUAAUACAGUUUCUUUGAAGUAAUAGACUAUAUAGGCUAUAUUUUUUCAAUUUGCAUUAAAAUCACUUUUUGAUACCAGUGCAGGGUAUCUUUUAAAAUAAAGAUGUCACCAACCUCAUUAUUUUUAUAGCAUUAAUGUUUUAUGAAGAAAACAUUAAAAUGGAAGUGUAAUUGCUGUGAUUAUUAGAAUCAUAUCAUCAUUAUAUUUAUAGUUUUGCUCCAUCAGGUAAGCAAAUUGAUCUAAUAAGUUUAAAACUUCUAAAACUACUAAAGCAGGUAACUUUUUCUUCCAUAAUUUUUCCUAUUCCCAAUGAAUUUUAUAAUGUAUUCCUUGUGUAUGUAGGCAAUAAAAAUAAAAUAACAGUU